AUGGCGGAAAAAUUUGGGUCCAAAGACACGGCGGAACAAGUAGAGGAAGACGUGGACGAUGAGGAGCUUGCGAGGGCAGCGCCCGAACCGAAAACAAAGUCCUGGGUGGGGUUUUUGAAGGGAGCUGUUCAGGGAGACCGGGAUCCAAUUGACGCAUUGGUCGCCAAAUACAAUCAGGGCCAGGAUUCAGAUGAAGAGGACAAUGAUGACUAUGGCGCAGAAGUUCGACCGCCUAAGCCAUUCGUUGACACGCCGACCUUCAAUAUGUGUUUGGGCGUGGUGAUCGCAUUAAACUCCGUUACGAUCGGUUUGGAGACGGACUCUGUAGCCCACGCCGUGGCCACCCAAGAAGAGCAUGACGACCGGCUGUGGUACAUCGUUGAAUUGAUUUUCUGCAUUAUCUUCUUGUUUGAGCUACUACUGCGCCUCUACUUCCAUCGCCUGCGCUACUUCACCAACCCAGUGACACGAGCUUGGAAUGUCGCUGACUUCAUUAUUGUGUCUGUCUCCGUUGUCGACACGCUGAUCCUCAUCCCCUUUGGAGUGGGUGGCACGGCACGUGUGGUUGCAAUGCUGCGAUUCGUCCGCAUGAUGCGGCUUGCGCGGUUGCUGCGACUCUUGAAGCUUUUCAAGGAGCUUUGGCUCAUGGUCUCGGGCCUUCUACAGUCCUUGAAGACCUUGGGAUGGAUCUGUCUUGUGGCCCUUCUCUUCUGCUAUGCAUGCGCCAUCAUCACUACGACAGUGAUUGGGCACAACGACGAUCUCUAUGACCCCUACUUUGCAACCUCCGGGGGCUGGGAUCAUGAGGUCUACUUUGCAACCGUUUGGCGGUCUACCUUCACACUCUUCCAGAUCAUGACUCUGGACCAGUGGAACGAGAGUGUGGUACGCCAUGUGGUGGCCAACCAGCCCGCAAUGUUGAUUUUCUUUUUGAUCUUCGUGUGCAUUUCGAGUUUGGGGCUCAUGAGCAUCAUGAUCGGGGUGGUGGUGGAGAACACCUUGGCCACGGCCAACAAGGACCAAAACAAACUGAAAGCGAAACGAGAACGAGACAGAAAGCAGGUCUUUUCACAGCUCCAAGAGAUUUUCGAGAUGGCUGAUGUGGACGGAAGCGGCACUUUGACCAUUGAUGAGGUGGAGGCUGCCAUUCAAAAGCCCGAAAUCUACAACAAGCUCAAAAUGAUCGACUUCCCUGUGGAUGAUCCAGGACAGAUCUUUGCCUUGUUGGACUAUGAUGAGUCUGGAGAGCUCACCACGGAGGAAUUCAUCACCGGCUGCAUCCGCAUGAAAGGCCCAGCUAAAUCGAAGGAUCUCUUGGUCGCCCAGGUUGGCGUGGACUCAAUGAGGAAGCAAUAUGCGCUUUUCGAACAGGAGAUGGAGAAGUUCCAAGCCAAGGUUGCCAUGUUGGAUGCCACCAUUCGCGCCGUGAUGUCUCACGGGGAGCACGUCUUCCUAGACACGAGGCAAUACAGGAUGCGGCACCCGGAUUUCAAAGCGCAGACCAUGAAACGCUUGGCCACGAGCGAGCUGGAGAACAUGCCAUGGAACAAGGAAGGAGAACCUGGCUUCGGGGCCGAGGCUCAGCAGUCGCUGCUGGCGCUCACCGAAGGCCGCACCGGGGCCUCGCCCACGCAGGCUCUCAUGGAUGGCGCCCUGCGCAGCAACGCCAACGGUCUGGACCUUGCCUUGCCCAGCCCCCCGACUGUUCCGGUGGCCGAUGCUUCAGGAUCAAAGGCUUUGGAAGAUCGUCGAGACGAGCUGGCCAUUGCUGUGCCAGGCUCAUUGUCCAACUGA